AUGAAGUGUCAUUAUGAGGUGCUCGGAAUUACGCGCACGGCCGAAGGAGACGAAAUCAAGAAAUCGUAUCGUAAGCUUGCACUCCGCUGGCAUCCGGACAAGAACCUCGACAACGCAGAGGAGGCCAAUCAACAAUUUCUUCUUGUACAGGCGGCUUACGAUGUGCUUUCCGAUCCUCAGGAAAGAGCUUGGUACGAUAACCAUCGUGAGCAGAUUAUACGAGGCGGACACACAGACUAUGAAGAUAGUUCUUUGGACGUGUUCCAGUACUUCACCACCUCUUGCUACAAGGGCUUCGGAGAUGAGGCGGGUGGAUUUUAUGCGGUGUAUGCCGAAGUAUUCGACAAGUUAGCCACCGAAGAGGUGGAAUUUCUCGACACGGAGGAAGAGUUCGAAACGAUACCAAAGUUUGGUAACUCGCAAUCUGAUUAUGAAACAAUCGUACGUAUUUUCUACGGAUAUUGGGAAGGAUUUUGCACAAAAAAAAGCUACGCUUGGCUAAAUCCUCACAACGUCGCCGAGAUACGUGAUCGCAGAAUCCUGAAGGCGAUCGAGAAAGACAACAAGAAGGUGCAGCAAAAGGCGCGCAAAGAGCGUAACGAGGAAAUUCGCAGCCUGGUGAUGUUUGUGAAGAAGCGGGACAAACGUGUGCAGGCCUACAAAAAGCUGCUCGAGGAAAGGGCAACUCAGAAUCGGUUGAAGUCGGAACAAAACAGGUUGGAGCAGAUACGACGCAAUCAGCAAGAAAUCGAAGAACAACAACGGAACUCGACUAGCUUCUUUAAUGACGCGUACGAGGAACAGUUGAAAAAAUUGGAAGCUUCUUAUGCCGAAGCGUCGGAAGAAGAGUCGGUCGAGGAGGACGAGCAAACGAACGGGCUGGAGGAUGCAAUGGCUGGACUAAAUGUGAGUCAAAAUGAAAACGGCGAAGAAAGCUUCUACGUGGACGACCUGUACUGUGUUGCCUGCGAUAAGAUGUUUAGCAAUCGUAGUUCGUACGAAAAUCACGAGUCAUCGAAAAAGCACAAGCAAAACGUGGAGCUUUUGAGAAAGGAGAUGCGCAAGGAAAUGGAAGCCAACGAAGGUGGUGAAGCGGAACUCGAAAACGGAUACUUAUCGAACGAAGAGCUACAAACAUAUUGCGAGGAGGAAGAAGAAUUAGAUGAAAAACCGGAAAUCCAACCAACGAAAACGAAGCAAAGGAAAAACAAAGGCAAAAAGAAAGCGCUCAGUACGACAAUGACUGUGAUAAAAUCGUCCGACGACGAAGAAAACGAUGCCGCUGCAGAUGGUGUUGAUAUGAUCGGUUUGCGAUUAGCAGGGCCAUCAUCAAACGCUCCGGCCAGUGAUGAUGAUGACGACUGGACCGGUGGUAGCAAAAAGUCAACCCGGAAAGGGAAAGCGAAAGGCAAAGGUUCCGAAUGGAAUCAAAAACCCAAACCUUCUAAAACUGUGAAAAAUGAAGUUCCCCAGGUGAACUGGGAUGCUGAAGCUUCCACGUCUAAAGCUACACAAGAGUCGAAGCUAGCCAUCUCGGACGAUGAGAGCGCUGGGCAUCCAUCGGACCAGGCAUGUGUAACCUGCAAAGAAAAGUUUACCUCCAAUAAUAAGCUAUUUGAACAUCUCAAAAAAACUGGCCACAGUGUCUACAUCGACAAGCUGAAGGCAACCAAAACUGCUGCUAAGGGUGCGGAAGGAUCGAAGGGUAAGCGAAAAGGAAAGUAA